UAUUUUCAUUACUUACAUUUGGGCACUUGUCCCAGUACACUGCUGCGAUCUCUUCCAAGACUACGAGAGAGUUGAAACGACGGAGCGCACUGGAAGAUGCCUCAUCGUGUUGAAUUGGACCAUCCUUAACCGAUUUCUGCUACCCUUCGCGAUCCGAUUUUCCAUCUCGCCGCUAAAAUCGAAUUUCUAGAAGUGGAUCGACCUUGCCCUAGAUUUUUCAGGAUUCUCAUUGUAAGUAGCAUUUGUAUCUACAAACAUCUAAACUCUUGUAAUUAUUUCCCUCAAAAGAGAUUUUGUAUUUGGUCAAAAAUGGGAGCAUGGAAAAAUUGUAAGCUCAAUCAUGUUACAUGGCGGUCUAGUCUGAGGGUUCUUCCCAUUCAAUUGCUACUCAAUAGCCAGCUAUGAAAUCAAAUUACUAGAUUGAUUGGGCGAGCUCUUGAAUACAUCAUCACUAUUAAAUGGAUGCCAGAACAGGAGUUGGAUCUGCAAACCAGAGACCUAAACAAUCGUCACCAAAUUCUGAUGAUAUUAAUGUUAGAUUGCCAGAGGUUAGCAUAUCAGGUGUUCCAAGGCCUGUUCUGAAUUACUCAAUUCAAACAGGUGAGGAGUUUGCCCUUGAAUUUAUGAGAGAACGAGCAAUGUCCAAGAAACCGACUGCUCAAAAUGCAGCUAAAGAUCAGACUAUAACUACCAUUUACAUGGACACUAAAAAUGUGUCGAGCAUACCACAAACAUGGUCUGAAAGUGCCUUGGAUGCUUCAGUGCCCACAACCUUAGAUAACCGUCAGCUAAAGGAUUUUGAGAAGAAAAAUUUAGCUGGUACCGAACAUAGAGGUCAUUAUGCAUCAUCAAGGUCAAUGAUGCAGAUAUCAUCUGGUGAGGGAAGUGGCCGAACAACUUCACUUGGAUAUACUUCUUCAGUAGCUUCUGACAUCUCAUCAAAAAGGAUGAAAUUUCUAUGCAGUUAUGGUGGUAAGAUCUUACCUAGACCCAGUGAUGGAAAACUGAGGUAUGUUGGAGGUGAUACACGUAUUCUACGAAUAAGCAGGGAUACUUCGUGGGAGGAGCUUGUGCUAAAGACAAUGGAAAUAUACAGUCGACCUCAUAUGAUUAAGUAUCAACUACCAGGGGAAGACUUGGAUGCUCUUAUAUCCAUUUCAUCUGAUGAAGAUUUGCUAAAUAUGAUUGAUGAGUAUAGUCUUCUUGAAGGUGGUCAGGGAUCACAGAAACUCAGGAUGUUUCUAUUUGCUUCAGAUGAUACUGAUAAUGGACGCUUCAGCUUAGGCUCUGUGGAGGGUGGUUCUGAGAUCCAGUUUGUUGCUGCAGUCAAUGGCAUUGAUUUUGGUUCUGGAAAAUCGUCAUAUGGACAUGGAUUAGCAAACACUUCACUAAGUGAUCUAGACCAGUUGCUUAAUCUCAAUGUUGAGUCUGAAAUAUCUAAUGCUUACACUGGUAUGACUCAGUCAUCUGGUUUUGUUAUUGCCCCUGUAGCAUCUUCCACUACAUUUGCUUCAGGACUGCAGCAAAGCUCUUCUACUGACUAUCAUAGUCAUUCACAUGGUUUUGAUAACCAUAGAUAUAGUUAUGUUGAAGGUGAGCACUAUGUUGACAAUCCCAUCAAUCCUACUGAUAUAUACCAAAAUUCAAAUAACAGCACCUCCAUUCCUCUAUCUGUGCUCCAUGAUUAUCAAUAUGCAAGAAAUUAUACUGAUUUUGGCAUUUCUAUUCAACCAGACCAACAAUCUUUCAAUCAAGGUGUGCCACAAGAUCAUUACUCUGGUAUAGGUACAUUUGAUCAAGAGACUGCAACAAGAGAUCAGAGUUCAGCAGCUGAUAGCUUCUCCUAUAAAAAAAUGGAUAUUGAACAUAUUGGCCCCCACAAUCAUGAACCUAGUUCAACCAUACAGCAGCAUGAUGCUUCAGUUUUGAGUCAUCUCCAUGCAGGAAGUAUGCAUGUUGUUGCUGAGAAAGAGAAUCUAACACUUCCUGUAACUAAUAUAGGGAAGCAAUUAGACACUACGCCAGUUUCAUCAGUGAACUCUGUGAAUGCUGGUCACAGUUCUGACCUGAAUGAAGAUGACCAUGACAAUCGUGGUGGUUCAGCACCUGGUAAUAUGGAUGAUGAAGCUGAUGCAUCUAAUGUAAGCUUCAAUAAUCUACCUUCAAUCCCUUUCCGAGGUUACCAAUCUGAACGACUUUCUAGGGAACAGUUAGAGCUCCUGAACCGAUUAUCUAAAUCUGAUGAUUCCCUGGGUUCUCAAUAUCUAAUAAAUCAGGCAUGUUUGAUGGCAGCUCAAGAAUCCAUUGCUGAAGGAGCUGAUAACAUAAUUGAGGGAGAAUUGGCCUCACAAUCUGAGAUGUCUCUAUUAUCUCAGAAACCACCAUACCAAAGUAAUGAAACUAUCGAAGAUGAUUCCGUGCAAUCCGAAAAAAAUAAACAAGUGGUAAAUACACCAAGUCAAGCUAAUAAAUUGGAAACGGUCACCCUUCCACAUGGAUCAGAAGUUGUUAAGUUUUCUCAGAAUAUGAGUACUUCAUCCAAUCAGGCUAUGCAUGAUCAACAAGGGAGGAAGAUUCAGAAACCUGAGUUUCAAAUUGCACCUUCAAAGUUUGUCUCUGAUAAGGCUACUGUUCAGCAAGAAAGGAUCUUACAGGAUUCUAAUAUGAGCAAACACACAGACAAGGUCACAAGUAUUGUUGAUAUCAAAGGUGCGCAUGCUGAUGGAUCUUCCAUUAAACCUCUUGAAGGUACUGUUCUUCCUGAGAAUCCCUGGGUUGACACACAUACUAAGAUCACACAUAGUGCUGAUGUUGGUGAACAGGCUGUAUCUCUUUCUUAUGGUGACAACACCAUUGGAUGUCACUCGUUGGAGGAAUCUUCUGGACCUCCCGAGAGGAAAGAUAUUCUUAUCGAUAUUAAUGAUCGAUUCCCUCCAAAUCUUCUCUCUGAUAUCUUUAGUAAGGCCAAAGAGGAUUUGUCAAAUAUAAAUCCCCUUCACAAAUAUGAUGUUGGACUGACUGUGAACAUGCAAAACCAUGACCCUCAGCAUUGGUCUUUCUUCAGAAAUCUGGCUCAGAAUGAAUUCAACCAUAAAGACUAUUCUUUGAUGGAUCAAGAUCAUAUUAGUUACCAAUCCCAAAUUGCACAAUUGGAUAAUAAGAAAGUUGAUUUUGGUCAGAUCAAUGCACAAAUUGAAUUUAUUGAGGAAAUGCAAGAAUCAUCUAGUGCAAUGAUAGACGAUACCAACAUUUUGCACAAAGGUGAAGGUUUGCAGGUGGAGAAUCCUUUUACAAAGUUUGGAGAGACAUUAAGAACUUGUAUUUCGGAAAAUGAGGAAUUAAGAUAUGAUGGUGGGGAGGUUGCUGAUCCAGAUUUAGAUGUUUCUGCUUAUGAUCUGGACCUUAGUAAUGUGCAGAUAAUUAAAAAUGAGGAUCUUGAAGAGCUACGUGAACUAGGUUCUGGUACUUAUGGCACCGUUUACCAUGGAAAAUGGAGGGGUACUGACGUUGCUAUAAAGCGAAUAAAGAAGAGCUGCUUUACUGGUAGAUCAUCUGAGCAGGAGAGAUUGACCAAGGAGUUCUGGCGAGAAGCUGAGAUUCUUUCCCAACUUCAUCAUCCUAAUGUGGUUGCCUUCUAUGGUGUUGUAAAAGAUGGGCCAGGUGGAACCAUGGCAACUGUAACAGAAUUCAUGGUUAAUGGUUCUCUUCGACAUGUUUUAUUACGAAAGGACAAAUAUCUCGAUCGUCGUAAAAGACUUAUCAUAGCAAUGGAUGCUGCUUUUGGAAUGGAAUAUUUGCAUUCUAAAAACAUUGUUCAUUUUGAUUUGAAAUGCGAUAACUUACUUGUAAAUCUUAAAGAUCAAUCACGUCCAAUUUGUAAGGUUGGUGAUUUUGGUUUGUCAAAAAUUAAGCGAAAUACUCUAGUCUCUGGUGGUGUUAGAGGCACACUUCCAUGGAUGGCACCAGAAUUAUUAAAUGGAAGCAGCAAUAAGGUGUCUGAGAAGGUAGAUGUUUUCUCCUUUGGCAUUGUCAUGUGGGAAAUUCUCACCGGGGAAGAACCUUAUGCCAAUAUGCAUUAUGGUGCAAUCAUAGGAGGCAUUGUGAAUAACACGUUGAGGCCUCCAGUGCCUGCUACGUGUGACCCAGAAUGGAGAAGGCUAAUGGAGCAAUGCUGGGCUCCCGAUCCAGUGCACAGACCAUCCUUCACCCAAAUUGCCGGCCAUUUGCGAGCUAUGUCAGUGCAGGCUAAACCAGCCAAAUGCUAGAUAGUGUAUAUUCGGGCAAAUAUAUUUUCCAGUUUGAUGAGUGUUACUUUUAUUGUUUUGAACUUGCGUGAUAGAGUAACGCAUGUUAUAAUUCAGUCAGUUUAGUACGAUAUCUGCAUAUGGAGUCGCGUUUUAUUUACUUGUAAUUUGGAUUCACAUAAAGUUUAUAUAUCAGCUACCUAGUUUGUACUA